AUGGGCAGGGUGGUGCAGCCUUUUUUGCUGCUUGAGGACAAAGUGGGAAACGCCACCCUGCUCUUCUGCACCACCUAUCCUGCUGCCUCCACUGCCAGCACGGCCACUGCAUUACCCAUCUCCACUGUUCCUACUACCACCCGCAUUGGUGCCGAUUACUGGUGAGAUCUCACAAGGUAUUUUACCAUUAAAAGUAUAAGCCAAACUGUCCUUAUUUGCAAAUAAGGCUCAUGGGACAGAGUGAAACUUUUUUUUUUUAAUCAUUUUUAUUGAUUUUCCAAUAAAAACAGCCAGUCAACAUAUCCACAUCAUAAUCCAAUUAAAAACAAGAAACUGAAAUUUUAAAAGGACCAAAUUGUAAUUAUUAAUUUUUCCAGGCUCCCCAUAGUCUGGACCUCUGAAGCAUAUCUCCAAAUCUUCAGUCGUGCCUCUUCUCGUUGAUUUCAUAUUUUCCGCCUUCUGGUCUUAACGCUUUAAAGUUCUCCAUCCCUGGCUAUGCGAUUCCCAAUCAUGUCAAAAAAUCGUAUGUCCUUUCAUCCACCGAAUACAGCUUUAUUUAUAAAUAUAUAUUUUUUCAACUGUCUAUUUACCAGCGCAGCUUGUCCUGGCUUCAUUCCAAUCUUCCAAUCCAGGCUGUUGCCCAAGUUUAUCCUUUGAAGUUUAACGACGCAGCAUCUCGCAAGUUGUUAAAUCACUCCAGAACAGAGUGAAACUUAAUAGCCCAGUAUGUCUGCUUAGGAUUGCAGCUUAAGCCAAUUGGAUUGUUAAAUUUCAGAAAGAGCCAUUGCAUUCUGGUGCUAUCAUGGAGGGGGGGUGUCUCCCCCCCCCCCAGCAAAAACAUUGCAGUUUUGACUGUAAAGAUCAGCUAUAAUUGAGCAGGUUCUGGAGCAGCAGAAAGUAUUUCAGGUACAUUCUAGCCCACAAUUAAAAUCAGCUAACUUAUAUUAUUGUCUAUAAACAACUUUGUAUGGAAUUGUUUUAGAAAGGUGUUUUUGUUUUGUUUUUUUUGCGGAAGGGAAACAGGGUUAAAUAGCAUAGAAUUCUGUGUAAAAAUUAAUGCAGCCUGUGGGAUGACAGUUCAAAGUGAUAAAUUGUCUUCUGUUUUUUUCUAGUAGAAAAGUGAAGAAGCAACAUCACUUUGGAGUAAAAAUAAUCAUUUGUUUUUAUUUAUUUCAUUACAGUGGAUGAAAUUAUUGCUAUCACAUCAGAUGUUUCAGGGCAAGAAAAUGUGGCUUGGUUUACUCACGUGCUGAAAAACUGGAUUGGUUUUGGAUACCUGGGAGAAAAUGCAAGCUACGUGGGUUACAUUUUCGGACUGCUAUUAACGCUUUUAAUGCUGUCACAGGCAAUAUAUAUCUCCAUGUUUUGCAUGAUGUACAUUUUUAGCUUUCUUCUCUAUAUUUACAAGAAAAUGAAUAACAGAGUUCAAGACACUUCUACUGACGCAUGGGUCACACCAAGAAGGUGGCUUGCAAGUGCUUUGGAUAUAAUUGGAAAGAUAUGGCAUGGUAAGCAAGUAUUUCCUUAAAUAACAAUAGUGACAAUGUUAUCAGUGCAGGCUUGUCCUUUACACCAAAUGAGGCUCUGUCCCAGCAGCCUUAGUAUGCCAUCAGCCAGCCCACAUUUUCCUGCCCUCUUUCUUAUAUCUAGUCCAGAGGGUGGCACAAGCUGCCAGCUUCCUCUUUCUUAGCCCCAGCGUUACCAUGGAGCAUAGGGGCACUCUUGACCUCUCUGCCUUCUGCCUUAGCAGUUCAAACAGGCACCAGUGACCACUGAAUGCUAUAAACCACUUCACUUCAGAAAACUGAGCUUCAGGAUUAAGCUCUGAAGCAAGAGCAUGAAUAUUGUCACUGUACAACCAGGAACUCUGGGGUCAAUAUCAUCAGCAGAAAAAGUAACCUCAGCUUGAAAUGGUUUUUAUAAGCCUGACAAAAUGAAUAAGUCCAUACCUGUGAUUAAAUUACAAUAAACGGGGGGCCAGAUGAACCUUCCUGAUAAGGGUAUUCCACAAGUAAAGGUACUCUCUGAAGUUUCCAUUUGCUUCAGCUUCUUCUGGUGGAAGGAGGCUUCCUUGACAAAUACCUCAGCACACAGGCAGACUGCUGCAAGGCCACUCAGCCCUAAACAUUUCAGGGAAUAUCAUGAAAGAAGGGAAUCUGAUUUUCAGUAAAGGUGCUGUAGGUAACAAACCUGGGGCCAUCACAUAGAAAGAGCUGCAGGACAACAUAGCAUAUGAAAAGAUGAGCCAUAUAAUCUGAUCCUAAAACUCAGUUCUUCUUAAAGCUGCACCAAAACCCCCACUUAACUCCAUUUUGCAAUAUCAUUCACAUGUGGCAAAAUUGGUGGACAUUUUGGAGAUGUGGCAGGGAUCGAAGCAAAAGGCAGGGAAGAAGUGUGAUGGCAGAAGCAUUUCUCUAGGUGGCUAGUGGCCUCUAUUUUUCCUCCACAAAUCCCCUGGGACAAAUUGCUAAUUGUUUUCCUCCAAUCAUUAUGUAACAUGUAUGACAGCAAUAGUAAUCUGUUGCAUUUUGUGCUCUUUUCAGGUUAUGAAGUUAUUGGCAUAGAGCAUAUACCAGAAGGACCAGGGGUAAUUGUUUAUUAUCAUGGAGCUUUUGUUGUGGAUUAUAUCUUCUUUGUAGCUAGAUUAUAUACACUGACUGGAAGACACAUCUACAGUGUAGCUGAUAAUGGGUUGUAUCUACUACCAGGUAAAAUACUUUUACUUUAUAUUUAGAAUUAGAAUAUUGUAAAUGACUCUAAUACUGUGAUGCGUCAUAAAGAAUAUCUAUCUGCUGGCUCUGUAAUAUCAUUUCCGCCCUAGAAGACUUCCAAAUGCAAAGUAUGAGCUUCCACUGAAAGGAUACAAUAAAGUGUUGUUAGGGCAGACAAUGGUCAACUCUAAUUCGCAAAUACAGUGGUACCUCGGUUGUCGAAUGUAACACAUUCCGGAAGACCAUUCAACUUCCGAAACGUUCGACAACCAAGGUGCAAUGGGCGGUCGGCAAAUUCCAUUGAGAAAAUGGAGAAACUUACCUCGGAAGCCGUUUGACUUCCGAAGAACGUUCAAAAAUGGAAGCAUUCACUUCCGGGUUUUUGGCGUUCAGGUUCCAAAUCAUUCGGCUUCCAAGAUGCUCGAAAAUCAAGGUUCCACUGUAGUAUGUUAGACCCGGUGGUGGCUGGUAGCAUUUUGACUUGGUAGGGCAGCAAUUUAUAACCUUGCUGAUACAUGUGCCAUUACAUGUGCUGAGUAUAGUUCUAUAGGAUUACACUAUAAGAAUUUGGUGGAUACAUUUGCAUUGUAGCAUGUACCAGAGUGUUACUCUCUCAUACUUAUAUUUCAGUUAAACAAUAUACGUCAGAAAGAUUGCCUACCAUAGGGCUAUACCUUCUCUGUUUCGAUUUUUCAGAAAAAAGUCUAUUGCUAGAAUACGUGAAAGAAUGGAAGAAAUGUCUACAAAGUCUACACAUCCUAAUUAUCUUACUUUGAAAGACUGCCAAGCAGUCUUAAUGGGGCCACAUCACUGGAAACUGUAUAAUAUCUAUCUAUACUAUAAAUAAUACUGAUAAAAAUGUGAUUUGUUCUGGGUGUAUUUUUCAGGUGUCAGAUCAGUUCUUGAUUUAUGUGUUUGCCUAAAAGGCAAUAAAGAUGAAUGUGUGAAAAUUCUGAAGAAGGGUCAUUUAUUGGGGAUUGCACCUGGUGGACUUAGAGAAGGAAACUUUAGUGAUGAGAACUACAACCUGGUGUGGGGUAAACGUACAGGUUUUGCACAAGUGGCUUUACAGGCCAAAGUGGUAAGUAGCCUAUUUGUAGUAAUUAUACAUUGCCCACAGUAUUGUUGAUUGUGUGCAGUCAGUUGGUAUUAAAACACACUUGUACUGAAGAAAUAUGGCACAAAUUUUACAGACAUGGAGACUGAAAUAUAUGGUUGGCUUCCAGUAAGCAGUGAGUUCACCAUUCAUUUCUAAAUAGUAGCAAAAAGUGUUUUUACAGCUGGUCUUUAACACAUUAUUGCCAUGAUAAAGUGUUCAAUUAAGUUGUACUGGGUUUUUUAAAAACUGAAUAUUUUGUUGACAGUUUUUGGGUUUUUUUAAGAUAUACAAUAUGUGGUUCUUUUUGCCAACUCUUCAGUUUCUGAGCACUUAUUUUCAUGGAUUUAUCACUGCUUACUAAGCCAAAGCCUAAAACUGGGCUUCUUGCAGUCAAAAAUAUGUUGAGACUACUUUUUCUGGGCCAGCAGGGCUGGGGAGGGUCUUAUAAUUUUAAAAUUUAAAAAGUCUAGGAGCCAGUUAAAAUGUUUUGUUUUUAUCUUUCCUUUCCUUUUUUGAAAGCCCAUCAUUCCUAUGUUUACACAAAAUCUUCGAGAAGGAUACAGAACAUAUGGGAAAAUAUGUGAGCUUCACUUUUUAUGUUCCUUUCUAUAUAUCAUUGUCACCCUUAAUGUAACUUCUGCAAUGCACGUUAUCGUCCUCAUGAAUUGGCAACAUAUCCCAUUCAUGAAAUAUAUGUAUAUCUGAUGUAUGCUGCUUCUGAGUUUCAUUAGGAAGUAGAGUUUGAAUAGGUUCACUCUAAAGACCACCUAGGACAAUGCUUGCUGUCCAUCAUGAAUCAGUGGUAAGCUGAGGUAGCUAGCAGCUGACACACAGCAACCAAUGAAAAGCGUUCAGGAUCGCUUUUGGUCAGUGGAGAUUGCCAGGGCUGACACAAGGCACUUUGCUAGCUGAAGCGAGGGGCAAGAUUAUGAUUCCAUCCCUUUGGUCUUGUACAGAAUCCUACUGGACUGUCAGUCGAAUCUUACUUGGCGUGUCCUCCACUGCACCUGAGGACAUCAGACUAGCUUCUUAUUAUUUAUUUAAUUUGUUGGUAGUUUUAUCUUGCUCGGGGCAACCCAAAGUGACUUAGUUUAGAGGUUCCUGGGCUGGCUGCAAGUGUACACAGCUGCAUCCUCCACCCCUUGUCAACGCUCAUCUGCAGCUCUGCAUGGUGCCUGAAUUCUGCCCACUCACAGUGCUGCACUGUGACAUCUGCAGGUGUUUCAUGAGCAAGCUGAUACAUGCAGAGUGUUUGCUGGAGUGUAUGGCCUGCGCUGGCUGAAUGUGUGCUUGCUUGCUUGCUUGCUUGCUUAGUCAGGAGCCGUUUCCAAUAGCACUGCCAGUGGCACAUUGGAAGGAAGCAACUAGGCAAGAUAGCCAGCCAGCCAGGUCAGUCAGCCAGGUCAGCCCAACCACUUGCGUUGCCAUUGUUAGGGCACUGGUUCAGGAGGAUGAGAAUGAUGGAAGUGCUCAAACAGAAUAUCUAGGACAGCAAAUGCAUCCCCACCAUGUCUGCCACCUGAGGCAACUGCAUUACUCAGCCUAAUGGUAGAGCUGAGCUUAGAGGUUGAAUUUGCUUAGUUCUGUGUGAUGUGGCCCCUAAGACACUGUGUGGCUUAGGGUGCCGCUGAACCUAGGACUGUGGUUAAGCAAACUCUUUCUUAAUCACAAUCUGUAGCCAAUAACUAAUAUUGGUUAAGGAGAAGGCCUAUCCUCAACCCCCGACUCAGACUGCUCGCUAAGCCAAACCUCGGUUUAGCUGAUGCCACACACUGAGUUAAAAGAUCAAAGCUGCGGUGAGAAGCCUGCAUGUUUGGGCUAAGGUGUGGUUUGGCAAAAUAGCUUAUAUACAUAAAGAUUUCCACAUCUGUGGGAACUCAUUUUCUCUCUCAAAAUGUUUUUCUCUUUCAAAUGCAGCACUACUGAAGUGGCUGUAUGAGAAGACUCGGAUAUUUAUCCUUCCCAUUUAUGGAGGGUUUCCAGUCAAAUUCCGCACAUAUAUUGGAGAACCCAUCCCAUAUGAUCCGGAUAUCACUGCUAAGGAGCUGGCUGAAAAAGUAAGUUACCUCUACACUCAAAAAACUGUCUACAUAUAUUGGUUUCUUGUGCAAACCACAAUUCAGUUUUGAAUCAUUUUCUGCAUAUGAAGUUACUGCUUAUAUAAGACCAAAGCUGGUAUUCAUUUUACGUAUUUUAUGCAUGUUUGUCAUUCAGCCUCUCUUUUUUAUUUAAGUUAUUGACACUAAGCAAAAGCUAGCUAACCCAAAGAGUUCUAUAACUGACUAAAUGGACCCCCAAUCUGAAAUUACAGAACUUUUAGCUACAUUUCUGCUUAGACAGAGAUCGCGCUCCUCAGGACUGCUUUACAAAAAACAAUUUCAUAUGCAAAUCCACUUGCCGCUUCUGGGGAACCAGAUCAUUAUCUUUCCCCACCCAUUGGAACAACUUUCACAGGUGGGUAGGGUUACAUGAUGAUGACAGCAGGUGACUGAUAGGUGAACAGUCUUGCCCACCUGCCAAAGUUGACCUGCAGGGUGAAAAGGAGGGGCCUGCUUCAUCAGCUCAUUCCCUGGAGAAAGCAUGUUGGUGAAAUGGCAUCCAGCAGGAUUGAACCCUUGCCAGUCAGCUGACAUCACCCAUGGGCAAACCGGACCCCCUCAUGGCCAAGAUUGGCCUGCAGGCUAGAGGAUCCCCACUCCUGUUGGGUUGAAAUCACGACAGACGAAUGGUGGGUGUCAAAGGAGAGACGUCUGCCGGGACAAGUCCCGGGAACUCUCUUUUAUUGAAUAUUACAAACAUUGCCACAGGUGUGCUUGUGGCUGAUUGGUUGAUACAAACACAAAGCAUCUUGUUGCUGAUUGGUUAACAUAGGUACAAGGCGGGCAUUACAUAUUACAUUAAUCAGUGAUAGUUCAAAAGACUGGGAGCGGAGCUGGAACUAGACAGGCAUGAAUCCUCCUAAUUAAAUUAUAACUAAAGAUUGAUAUUGAGAGAACAUAACAUGAAGGAAUACAACAAUCACGUUCCGUAAAUGUGGUCAGCAAAGCAUUAAGAACAGGUCAGGAUACACUGUUUCAUGAACUCAAUGGGAACUGUUCAGAACAUUCUCAGACUUAUGUGCAGAGGCAAAAACUUCCCAGAAUGUAAGAGAGAAAAGAAGCAAUAGUGCUCAUAGUAAGCAUAGAAAGAUUUCAUAGUAAGACUUCCCACAAUGCAACAGUUAUGUGCAGUAAGAGAACUGCAGAAAGAGAACUUCACAGUGAGAGAACUGCAGAAAGAAAACUUCCCUUCAUCCCCCUUACAAUUCUUGUUUGCGAGGCAUUCCAGGUGGAUAAGGCAAAAAUACUUCGGGAUUAGUGGUGUGCCAGCGAAUGCCCGAAAUAAGCCUGCCAGGGUCGAUGGGACAAAAAUACUUCAGGAUACGUGGUUUGCCAGCGCAUGCCCAAAAUAAAUCCGCCCACAUCUCCCCUAUAGUUUACUGUUGGUGUUGCCAUUUCGCAAAGUAAGCAGCAAGGAGUUUACUGGGUGGUUGGGGGGGAGAGAGAAGCCGAGAGAAAAGACUCAUGAGGCUGGGAACGCAUUGAAGGAAACAGCAUAACAAAAUGAGGAUAGAAAUUAUGAAAAUAGCAUAUUGAAAAAGAUUACGAAGCCAAGUAAGGUUUGGCAACCAAGCGGUAAGCCACUGGGUGAAAGAAUCCCAGAGGCCAGGAAAACCAAUGUCCUGUUUAAUGUGAUGUGUAAGAUUUUGCAAAUGAGAGAUUUGACUUUGAAUGGCUCUUGAAUUGUCAGUAAUAUUGAAACAACACAUGUCAUUCACUUGUUCACAGCCAUAAUGAUGAAGCAUCAGCAAGUAAUCUAUAGCACGAUUUCGUAAAAGUCCAUUAUAUAGUUCACUGUUCUUUAUUCAAAAGGGGGUUAUAUAAUGUAAAAGGUCCAUUUUGUAAAAGGAUUUUGUAAAAGUCCAUUGUGGAGUGCACUGUUCUUUAUUCAAAAGGUGAAGGGCUUGUGAAAUAUAAUUCAGAGUUUUUGCUGCAUAACAAGCUAAAGAAGUAAUGUUCAUACGAUUCCGUACAGCCAAUCCAGGGACUCCUAAGAGAGAAGCAACUAAAGAGAUAUAUUCAAACCUACUGAGAAGAGAGACAAAAGCAUCACAAUCAUUAGUCAAUUCAGUAUUGCAGCGAUAAAAUGAUGGACAAACGGCUUAAACAGCAAGGUGUGCCAUGGCUGAUGUAUUGCUGGAAUGUAAUUAAACGUAUAGCCAGGACACGACCAGAAGAUUUCCAGUUGAGGGGAAGUGCAAGCUUACUCAUUAAAUUGAAUGGUAGCUUGUAAUUGUUGUAGUAAGUCUCUUCCCCACAGAUUGAGGUGGAUUUUCAGCACACAGGGCUGGAUGUAAGCAAUGGUUUCAGAGCUAUCAGGCAGAGAAACAGGCAGCCACUGUACGCUUUUGGAAGAGGUUGGGGGUCACCCACACCCCAGACUGCAGAAGCAGACUCAAGGGGCCACGUGGGGUCCCAGCAACUACUAGAAAUUACAGAAACGUCUGCGCCUGUGUCAAUCAAGCCUUCCAGCACAAUACCAUUGAUUUUAUACUUACGAAGAAGUUUCUUCUCACCAAUCCUCUGGACUACAGCUAACAGCUGUGGAGGGAAAGAAGAGAGCUCGUGCAAAUUAGUAUCCAUAAUAGAAGCAGUAGGAUGAGAAGGGAGCACCACCAAAUGCGCCCAAGACUCACCCUUUUUAAUUGCAUGGGCAUAUGGCUCCAGAGUUGAACCAUUAUUGUGCCUACAUAGUCAGGAUCCAGAACUCCAGGAAUAACCUGGAUUCCUUCCUUUGCCGCAGAAAAUUUGGGUAAAAUUAAACCUGCGACUUUAGGAGGCAGGGGACCUGCCAAUUGAGUGGGCAUAAGCACAAUUUCACCAGGUAGAACAGAAUCUUUGGUCUCUUGAUUGAUCAAAUCAAUUGCAAAUUCAGAGGGUGUGUUCUUUGAAAAGUUUGCAGCAGCAGAAAUUAAAGGCGGAAAGCUCUCUAAUUUUCCUGGGCUCUCUAAUUUUCCUGGCCCGAGAGCGAGGCCGGGAUGGAGUUUCCCGAACUCCUGCAUUGAUUAGCCCAAUGAUAGCCUUUGCCACAUUUCGGGCAUUUUUUAGAAGGUCUAGCCUUAGAGGCAGAACCAUCCUUGUGUGCCCCCCCGCCAGGGGCUCUGCAUUGCUUGGCAAAAUGGCCUGGGCGCUUGCAAUUAAAGCAGUUACCAGUAGGCUUAGUGGUUGCUUGGAUUGCGCCGGCAAGCAAGGACAUCGCAUGGCUCUGGCUACCGACAUCCGCACAAGCUUGAAUCAUAUCGGCCAGUUCAUAUUUAGGGCGAUGUAUGAUUGACUGCAAAGCUUUCUUGCAAUCAGUGUUUGCGUUUUCAAAGGCCAAUUUUUUCAUCAAUUCAUUUUGAGCAGUGGUGUUAUCAAUCUGCCUAGUGACUGAUUCUUUCAAUCUAUCUAUAAACUGAUGGUAUGGCUCCGAAUGCUGUUGCUUAAUAUUUACAAAGGAGCUCAGCGGUUGCCCAGAAACAGGGACUUUCCGAAAGGCGCGUUGUACACAGAGUCGCGGUGCGAACAAAAUGUACAGGUGUCAGUGUUGCUUGGGCAGUUAUAUCAGCAAACUGACCAGCACCAUAAAGUUCAUUGGCAGUAUGUUGAGGAUCAGACAGGGCUGAAGCGCUAUGUUUAAAUUCACUCUCAAACACCACAUACUGAGCAGGGGACAAAAGCAUGCGCAUAAGGUCUUUCCAGUCCUGAGGUAGCAUAAUGUAACCAGUUGCUAUGCCUUCUAGCAUCCCUGUCACAUAAGAGGAUUUCAGACCAGAAUCAGCAAUGGCUUUCCUUAAUUCCCUCAUUACAGAAUAAGGAAGCGAUUCAUAAUAAAUCUGCUGUUGAGCAGUUCCAGGGUUUGAAUAAGAGAUAGGGAAAGCAGACGGCAUUUCACCUGGCCACUCAGACUCCUCCUCUAAGGCCAGGUGCCCUUUUGGCCUUGCCAGCGCGCGCGCCGCACGCACAGCUCCUAUCGCGCAACCCGGGGCUGUGGCAGGAGGAGGAGGGAUGGGGGGGGAGGAAUCAGGCUGAGGCGGAGGGAUGGGGGGGGAGGAUGCAGGCUGAGGAGGGUGAGAAGCAGGGAGGGAUUGGCUGGGAGAAGGAGGUAAAAGUUUCGGGUAGGGUGGGGGAUUGUCUGCAAUGGCCAGAAGAGGAGACGCCUGGGGUCCCAAUUGGGGCCCUAAUUUAGCAACGGCAUCAGCACAUUUCUGCCAAGUGAGCAGACAAUGAAUCGGAGCCCUAGGUUCUGCAAAAGGGUCUUUCCGAUCUUUUGCCAAGUCUCUACGUCCAAAGAUCCAGCCUCUGGAUAAAAGACGCAUUGGCAAUUUAUCUCACAUAGCAAUUGUUCAAUUUCUUUUAAGGAAAUAUUAACACCCACCUCCCGCUGUCUAACUAAAUAAAGCAACUCUUUAGCAUGCUCUUUCUGGAGCUUAGUCAAGUCCCCUCCCAUACUCACGAAGUAGCGCGCUGAGACUUUUCCAGUCGGGUGAAGUAUGAGGUUUGGCUGCGUAAGGGAUCUGGCACGUCGGGGUCACCAGAUGUUGGGUUGAAAUCACGACAGACGAAUGGUGGGUGUCAAAGGAGAGACGUCUGCCCGGGACUUGCCCCGGGCACUCUCUUUUAUUGAAUAUUACAAACAUUGCCACAGGUGUGCUUGUGGCUGAUUGGCUGAUACAAACACAAAGCAUCUUGUUGCUGAUUGGUUAACAUAGGUACAAGGCGGGCAUUACAUAUUACAUUAAUCAGUGAUAGUUCAAAAGACUGGGAGCGGAGCUGGAACUAGACAGGCAUGAAACCUCCUAAUUAAAUUAUAACUAAAGAUUGAUAUUGAGAGAACAUAACAUGAAGGAAUACAACAAUCACGUUCCGUAAAUGUGGUCAGCAAAGCAUUAAGAACAGGUCAGGAUACACUGUUUCAUGAACUCAAUGGGAACUGUUCAGAACAUUCUCAGACUUAUGUGCAGAGGCAAAAACUUCCCAGAAUGUAAGAGAGAAAAGAAGCAAUAGUGCUCAUAGUAAGCAUAGAAAGAUUUCAUAGUAAGACUUCCCACAAUGCAACAGUUAUGUGCAGUAAGAGAACUGCAGAAAGAGAACUUCACAGUGAGAGAACUGCAGAAAGAAAACUUCCCUUCACACUCCUGUAGAAGAAAAAUGACAUUGCACUACAAAGUAUGGCAAAUGCACACAUAUAUACAGUGGUACCUCAGGUUACAGAUGCUUCAGAUUACAGACUCUGCUAACCCAGAAAUAGUACCUCGGGUUAAGAACUUUGCCUCAGGAUGAGAACAGAAAUUGCGCGGCGGCGGUGCAGCAGCAGCAGGAGGCCCCAUUAGCUAAAUUGGUACCUCAGGUUAAGAACAGUUUCAGGUUAAGAACAGAACUCCAGAAUGAAUUAAGUUCUUAACCACUGUAUUGGGUUGCAUAUACACUUGUGUGUUUGCACAGCAUAGUGCCCACUGAACAAACAUACUUCAUUACUACAGAGGUCAAUUACAUUUAAGUAAUACUCAGAGUCCAUCAAUUUUAUUGGGUCUGCUCCAACUUCACUGGAUACCACUGAUGCUUCUGCAGCCGAAGGUGAUUUUAUUUUUUGUUCUUAUGCAGAAAAAUUCUUCCUUUUCCAUUACAGUCAUACCUUGGUUGUUGAACGGAAUCCGUUCCGGAAGUCCGUUCGACUUCUGAAAACGUUCGACAACCAAGGUACAGCUUUCGAUUGGCUGCAGGAGCUUCCUGCACUCCAGCGGAAGCCGUGGAAGUCCCAUUGGACGUUCGGGUUCCAAAGAAUAUUCGCAAACCGGAACACUCAUUUCCAGGUUUGCUGCAUUUGGGAGCCAAAGUACGACUGUAAUGAUAUUGCUACCUGUAAAUACCGUUCUUCCAAAUAUUGAAUAUAAUUUCAUGUCUUUUCUUUUAACAGACAAAGAUUGCUCUUGAAAAUAUUCGAAACAGACACCAAAAGAGACCAGGAAAUAUAUUAAGAGCCCUCUUAGAACGAUUUGAUAAAUAUCACAAAGAGAAUUAG